AAUAACAACACAAUAGAUAUUAUUAUUAAUAAUAAUAACCGAAAAAUAAAUACAAAUAAUAACAAACAAAAAAUCCAAUCAAUUGAUUGAUAACUGGAUUUUUAUAAUCAGUUUAUCUCUAUAGACACCGCCGAUUGUCUGCCGAUUUUUUGCGGGGAUUUUUUGUUUUGUCCGAUAGACAAAAAUGAUGGACAUGUCGUCCCACAAACAGUCUCAGGGCGGUGGCCACCGAUCGUCGAUAUCGUCGACACCGCCGUCGUCGCACAAGUCGUCGUCAUCGUCGGCCGAUAAGGUGCGGCCAAACUACAAGCUUACCUACACACUGGCCGGCCAUACAAAGGCCGUAUCGUCGGUAAAGUUUUCGCCGAACGGCGAAUGGCUGGCCUCGUGUUCGGCCGAUAAGUUGAUCAAAAUAUGGGGCGCCUAUGACGGCAAGUUUGAGAAGACCAUUAGCGGCCAUAAGCUGGGCAUCAGUGACAUAUCCUGGAGUUCGGAUUCGCGGCUAUUGGUCUCGGCCUCCGACGACAAGACAUUGAAGAUAUGGGAGUGCGCGACGGGCAAAGGCUUGAAGACACUGAAAGGUCAUUCAAAUUAUGUCUUUUGCUGUAAUUUCAAUCCGCAGUCCAAUCUCAUUGUCUCCGGAUCUUUUGACGAAUCGGUCCGCAUAUGGGACGUAAAAACCGGCAAAUGCUUGAAGACACUGCCCGCCCACUCGGACCCGGUAUCUGCCGUACACUUCAAUCGUGACGGUACUCUUGUGGCCAGCAGUUCGUACGAUGGUCUCUGUCGUAUUUGGGAUACGGCAUCGGGUCAAUGUCUGAAGACACUGAUCGACGACGACAACCCUCCCGUCUCUUUUGUCAAGUUCUCGCCUAAUGGUAAAUACAUUUUGGCCGCAACACUGGAUAAUACACUGAAAUUAUGGGAUUAUAGUAAGGGAAAGUGUCUAAAGACCUAUACGAGCCAUAAAAAUGAAAAGUAUUGUAUUUUUGCCAAUUUUUCGGUUACCGGAGGAAAGUGGAUCAUUUCGGGCUCUGAGGACAAUCUGGUCUAUAUAUGGAAUCUGCAAACGAAAGAGAUUGUCCAGAAGCUGUCGGGACAUACGGAUGUAGUAUUGUGUACGGCCUGUCAUCCGACCGAAAACAUUAUAGCGUCGGCCGCUCUUGAAAACGAUAAGACUAUUAAGCUAUGGAAAAGUGAUACAUAAAACAAGUGAUUUGAUUAUUAUCACCAUUUUUUUCAUACAUAAUAGCAAAAAAAAUAUGUUAGACAUCUCUAUACAAAACAUUUAUUAUUACCGUAAUUAAAUUGUAAUGCAUUUUUUACUAAAUAUCA